CAAGUGACAGGCAGAAGUUUUGGUGAGAAAGAUUUUCGUUCUGGAUUAGAAAACGGCAUUCUUCUGUGUGAGUUGCUGAAUGCAAUAAAGCCGGGAUUGGUAAAAAAGAUCAAUAGACUACCGACUCCCAUUGCAGGUUUGGAUAAUAUCAUCUUAUUCUUAAGAGGCUGCAAAGAGCUGGGACUUAAAGAAUCUCAGCUUUUUGAUCCUGGUGAUCUGCAGGACACAUCAAACAGAGUAACCGUCAAGAACAUUGACUAUAGUAGGAAGCUGAAAAAUGUAUUAGUCACCAUUUAUUGGCUAGGGAAAGCGGCAAACAGCUGCACAUCAUAUAGUGGAUCAACCCUGAACCUGAAGGAGUUUGAAGGUUUGCUGGCACAAAUGAGAAAG